AUGUGGGCGGCCGAUCAUGGCCAUGAUUCUAAAGAUGGGGGUAAAAACGACGGUGGAGGCGAUGGAGGCGAUGGAGGCGAUGGAGGCGGUGGAGCACCCGCAGUCAAGAUAGCAGUCGAAGACAAGUCCUGCACGUUAGCGGGAGAGUGCAAAGAAGAAAAAACAUACGAAUGCGAAGGCUGCACGCUCAAAGCUGUCAAAUGCAACGACGCUGCCGCUGACGCUGCCAAGGUCGUGAUUGAUGCGGAAAAUAAGAAGAUCGUUUUUGACUUCAAAGCGUUCGCAGACACGGACUCGUGUGUGUACAUGGGCGAGUUCGAUAUAAACGGCAAUGCGCAUAGCCAACCUGUAGCUGUUAUAGACACUAAAGACGUCACCCUUGAAAAACAAAAGAAGAAUGCGAAAGAAGGCGAAGCCGUGGAGGAGACAAUCACAUUCACCGGUGAAAAGAAAACUGAAGUACAGGAGGUACGCGUAAACGGGCUGGCCGUAGAAAAGAAAGGUGACAAAGCGGACGUCCCAAGUUAUGAGGUAGACGAGGAGAAAAAGACCAUAAAGAUCUCGGUACCCAAACUGUCUGCGGAAUACGCCGGGCACUAUCAAGUGAAGUUCAAGGUCGAAGAAGCAGAGGUUACCAAGACUAUUUUGGAGGUCGAAAUGGAAGCUGGGUCUUCCGCAGCUAAAACUGCAGGUGACGGUGGCGGCGCUGGAGGCUGUAAGCGGAGUUUUUGUUAUCUAUAUUUUUCUAGGACCCUAUUUUGGUGUCUAUAA